AUGCGGUCGUCUGCCUUCGUUUCAGCCUUCGCCACCUUCCUUCUGGGUUGGACGGAUACCAAUUGGUACGAUGAAACUCCGAACACAGGAGUUACCAGGGAAUACUGGUUCGACAUACAAAAUGGCACUGCCACUGUUGAUGGCGUGGAACGGCUGGUCAUGACCGUGAACGGUCAAUUCCCUGGCCCAACAAUCAUGGCUGAUUGGGGAGAUUGGGUUGUCGUACAUGUCACGAACUCACUCCAAAAUAACGGCACGAGUAUCCACUGGCAUGGCCUGCGCCAGGAGCAGACUUCAAGUGAGGAUGGAGUUGCGUCGAUCACUCAAUGUCCGAUAGCGCCAGGGGACACCUACACCUACAGAUGGCGCGCGGAGCAAUACGGUCACUCAUGGUAUCAUAGUCACUUCGCGUUGCAGGCGUGGAAUGGCGUAGUGGGUGGUAUUCAGAUCAACGGACCAGCCGCGGCUCCUUAUGAUGAGGACAAAGGGCUGCUGAUGUUGAACGACUGGUUCCACGAGACGACAGACCAGCUCUGGGACCUUGCCAAGACAGGAUAUCCGCCGCCGGCGCAGAACGGCCUGAUCAAUGGCACCAAUGUCUACGGCAAUGGCGGAAAGCGGUUUGAAACGACAUUCACCAGCGGCAAGCGUCAUCGUCUCCGACUCGUCAACGCUGCCAUUGACACGCAUUUCAAAUUCAGCAUCGACAACCACAAGCUGACGGUCAUUGCUGCCGACUUGGUUCCGAUCAAGCCAUACACAACCGAGGUUCUAAGUAUUGGUAUUGGCCAGCGAUAUGACGUGAUCGUGGAGGCAAACCAAGGCGUGGGCGACUUUUGGCUCCGAGCAGUGCCUGAUACGGCUUGUAGUGCGUCGAACGAGAUGCAAGACGAUAUCAAGGGUGUUAUUCGGUACGACUUGAGUUCUACCGUGGACCCUGAUACCACCCCUUACUCAUUCACAAUGGACUGUCUGGACGAGGCGAUGUCCGACUUGGUCCCUUACGUUGCGCUGGAUGUUGAAGCUCCCGCCACCCGGGAGGUUUUCGAUCUCGGAUUUACUUCAUCCGACGGCCUAUGGAAGUGGACCAUCAACAGCCAAACCUUCCUUUCGGAUUGGGGCGAGCCCACGCUUUUGCAGGCUGUUCAAGAUGCAUCUGUGUUCAAGCUCUCCGAAAAUGUUGUGCAGCUAAAGGAGAAGGAUUCCUUUGUUUACUUCGUCAUCCAGUCCCAACUUGCUCUGACACAUCCGAUUCAUCUUCACGGCCAUGACUUCUGGGUUCUGGCCCAAGAGGCCAACGCCAACUUCACGGACUCGUCGGCUCUCCAGCUCAGCAACCCAGUCAGGCGAGAUGUUGCGAUGUUGCCCGCUGCUGGGUAUGUGGUUAUUGCUUUUGUUACCGAUAACCCUGGUGUCUGGGCUAUGCACUGCCACAUCGGCUGGCAUGCUUCGCAAGGGUUUGCUCUGCAGCUUGUUGAGCGCGAGGCAGAGAUCGCCGAUACGCUCAACUUGGACGUUCUUGAUAACACCUGUGCCAACUGGGCAGCCUACACGCUCUUGCACAAUGUGGUCCAAGAAGAUUCGGGUAUAUAG